CCAGUGUUUGCUCUCCGAGUUGUGAAUUGGUUUCUUUUACAAGCAUAUUUGCGAGGUCUUAUCGACGAAGAUUCGAUCGACAAAAAUAUUCUCAUAUUGCCGACACGGUUAUUUAUCGACGUUCUUAUCUCCCGACUUUGGUAUAUUUAGUAUAUUAGCAUCGUACGUAUAUCAAAAGAAAAAAAAAAGCCCGAAGGCCGUUACAACAAUCUUGGCCCGAAGCCCGACUUACGAUUGCUGGGUGAUACAACGAGAGUCGUAUGUUGACGCAGUUUAAUUGAUAGCUCAGCUUUACUACAGUCGCUCGAAAGUACCACGUUUCUUUAAAUUCUUAGAUGGAUAAUUUUGAAUCGUAAUCUGCCGUGGAGAGGUACGUAACCUAGCCUGGACCAUCUGUGAGUUGUUCCUACAAGCUGAGGGACGGAGUUAGUUGGCACGGAGCGUGGAGGUUAAUUUAUUUCACGCAACCCGUACGCAAUGUCCGAGAAAGAAGGUGACGAAUCUGCUGUUGCUAACGAAAGGAUCGGCAAGUCCGAAGAAAUGGGGGAAGAAUCACCUGCCAAUCUAGAAACAAUUCCCACGGAAACAGUUAGGAACGGAGUUCAAGUUACUUCUAUGGACAAAGCGAAAAUUGAUAUUCUGUUAAAAGCAACUGGAAAUGCUCCGAUAAUGAAACAAAAGAAAUGGUCUGUUAGCAAAGAUUACUGCAUCGGUCGUAUUUCGGAUUUCAUGAUAUAUAUAAUAUAUAUAUAUAUACAUAUAUCUUCUUCUUUACGCUAGUUUCUCUACGUGAAUCAAACAUUUGCACCUGCACCGGAUCAGUUGGUGAAAAAUUUGUACGAUUGCUACGGCGCGGAUGGAAAAUUAAUACUUCACUACUGUAAAAGUCAAGCUUGGGGCUAAACAUCGGUGGUGGUGGUGGUGGUGAUGGCAGCGGGUAUUUCCAAAUUAUUAUAGCACCGUCCGCAC